AUGCGCUUCUUUCAACUCGCUCUAGCCUCAUUGGCCUCCGUCGGAGCAGCGACUUCAUCCUUCGAUACUUGGGCUCACGGCCGAGUUGCUCUGCAAGACGUGAGCAUUCAUUUCCGCUACGCCGGCUCAGGACCGCCUCUUCUUCUCGUCCACGGAAAUCCCCAGCACAGUCUUUCAUGGCAAUUUAUCGGCCCCAUCCUGGCUCAGAACUACACCGUCAUUGCUCCCGAUAACCGAGGCGCUGGUGAUUCUAGUGUUCCACCCGAUGGAAACUACACAGCCGCUGCAUCAGCAGAAGAUCUAAAAGGCGUCUUGGAUUUCUUGAACGUCACCUCCGCGUAUGUCUUUGCGCAUGACAAAGGUGUCGGGAUGGCAACGGCACUGGCGAUCAAGUAUCCAGAUCUCGUCAAGAGACUUGCUCUGGCUGAGUAUGUUCUCCCCGGCUUCACCUACGAACAAUCAUCCAACCCAGCGCCGUUCUGGGAUCUCUAUCAGAACUGGCAGUUGGCUUUCUUCCAAGUCCCUGAUCUCGCCGAGUUUCUCAUGUCAGGCAAGGAAAAGCAAUUCUUGCAAUGGUAUUUCUACCACGGGAGUUACUCUGGCGUUGAGAGUUUUAGCGAAGAAACAGUCAACAGAUAUACGAGCAGUAUCUCGAAGCCAGGGUUUUUGAGAGCCAUGCUUGGACCGUUCUCAAGUUCAACUGUUUACCAAGAUGGGAAUUUCUUCAAGGCUGCGUUGAAUGAGAGUCGAUUGAGCGUGCCGCUUCUUGGUAUGGGUGGGGAGGCGAGUUUGGGAUUGAAGUCGGUUCUAAAACAAACCUUUGAACCCGUUUCAUCUGAACUUGAGAUUGACGUCAUUCCGAAAGCUGGACACUGGGUUGCGGACGAGAAUCCUAAAUGGACUGCGAAGAGAGUGGCCAAGUUCUUUGGUGACGAUGAUGAUAGCCUGUCAAAGGUUGACUUGGGGUACUUGGAUGAUUUGGUUACACUGGACGUUGGGUUUUAUGGUACCAGGAGGAACUUUGCGCUGGGCACUCAGUAA